AUGAAGGAACUGCAAGAAUGUCUUCAUGAUAUUGCGAAUGAUGCACUGUCGGCAAUUGAAGACAGUCUGGAUCUUCCGCACAAUUGGUUCCAACAGACGUUUCAUCACCACGAAGAUCACAGUCAAUGGCAUCUCAAACGAUAUGUCUGCGAGGACUCUACUAGUAGUAGCAACAACAACAACAACAUCAACGAUGAUGAAAAGAAACAACAAGAUGAAACAGUCAUACUGCCACAGCAUACGGAUCCAUCUCUCCUUUCCGUUGUCAUACUCGACCAGCCGGGUACAAACCCUGGUGCCAUGGGUCUGCAACACUUUCGAAAAAUCCCUGACCAAGAAAAGAGAGAAUGGACCGAGUUGCCUCUCCACGGACACGCGGUUGCCGCCAUUUUCAUUGGAUCCGUGCUCUCCUAUAUUACCGGUGGAAAAUGCCCCUCGGUAAAGCAUCGUGUCAUUCAAAAGGAACUGGUUCAGGAACGAAUGGCAGCCACUUUCUUUUUGCGGCCCAAGGGUACGGCAGUCCUUCAAGUGCCACCGGCAAGAGCCUUGGCAGGAGUGACGCUAAAAAAGCAACAAGUCACAUUUGAUGCUUGGAGCUCGAGGGUCUCCAAAAACUAUAUGAAGGGAAAAGCAACCAACAAGCAGCAGAAGAAUGGAAACAACAAGAAACAACCCGACAAUCAGCAACAACAACAGCAAACGCGUUACUAUCGAGACGAGUUCACCGAAGUAUCAUUAUUUGGGUACAAUGAUCCAGAGGAUGAUGGCAACGAUUCCAAGAAUAAGAGACUAACGGGACGUGAAAAGUAUCUAGGUGGAGAAAUAGGAUUGAACGGGAAAAUCUACUGCAUACCCGGCCAUGCUAGUCGGGUCUUGGUGAUUGAUCCUUCCACAGAUCCUCCCAUCAUCAAACAUAUUGGGCCGGAGUUCAAGGGAGAAUACAAGUGGCUGAGAGCGGUGCGGUUGCCUUCGGGUAUAAUCCUGGGUCUCCCUUGUCACGCGGAUAGCAUACUCCGCAUUGAUCCCGAAACAGACGAAAUCUCUACGAUCGAAUGGGAUGACCACCCCAUGGCACCCAAGCGUGGAUUGCCAUGGAAAUAUCAUGGUGCUGGAUUGUCACCUAUCGACGGUUGCCUAUACUUGAUUCCACAGUUUGCCGAAACAGUACUCAAGUUUGACCCAACCACAGAGGCUGUAAGCUUUUUUGGCGGUCCCUUUCCCGGUGAAGGAAAAUGGUACGGUGGCUUGGUUGGACCCAAGGAUGGAGCUAUCUAUGGCAUUUGUCAGAACGCCAGAGGCGUGCUUCGAAUUGAUCCAGCAACACAAACAGCAACAAUACAUGGUAACUUUGGGGAGGGAAAACACCUCUGGCAUGGCGGGACGCUCGGAACCGACAAUGCUAUUUACGGAAUUCCUGCAAACGCAGAUACCUGCUUGAAAAUUGAACCAGGCAACCCACCUAUAAUCAAAACCUUUGGCACGGUGAGAACCGGGCAGCACAGAUCGGAUGGAAAAUACAAGUUCUUGGGCGGGGCCAACGGAGACGAUGGAAAUGUUUAUUUCUUUCCAUCAGAUGCAGAUCAUGUUGUGCAGAUCAACACCAAAACAAACGAGGUAAAAGAAGUCGGUCCUAACUUGCGUGAUCUGGUCAAGAUACACCAGAACAAGUGGCAGAAUGGAUUCACUGCCAAGCAUGGAUUCCUUUACGGCAUCCCACUGAAAGGAGAAAAGAUUCUCCGUGUUCAAAUAAAGCCGGGGGGUGAUGUCGAAGUAUCGACGACUGCAGGACCAUUCAAAGGCCUGAAUCUUUGGGAGGGAGGGGUGCAGGACGUGGUAACAGGUGACAUGUAUUGCAUGCCCCUGAAUUGUGCCGAUGUGCUCCGCAUUAGACCACUCGACCCUAAGACUUUGUAG